CCGGGAUUCACGCUGAGGAGGACGAUGAGCCAAGCGAAGAUAUGGAGGCCUUUCUCUUGAGUGGAAUGCUUGAUGAGGUGGAUCUUGUUGCUGCACCACCAAGGGCCAAACCUCCCUUAAAUGGCACAGUUAAUCCUGAGGUAUGCACCGAAAUUAAAGAGUGUCUGGUGAAGGAAACUGAAAAGGGCGCAACUAGCAUUCUGCAAACGCGAACAUAUGAUUUAUUCAUCACUUAUGAUAAGUAUUAUCGCACUCCCCGACUCUGGCUUUACGGAUACGACGAGGAACGACUACCCUUAACAGAAUCACAGAUGUACGAGGAUUUUAGUCAAGAUCAUGCUAAAAAGACGGUUACAACUGAACAGCAUCCCCAUCUUCCUGGAAUGGUAAUGCCAUCAAUUCACCCCUGUCGCCAGGCUGACGUGAUGCGUAAGCUGAUCGAAACAGUUGCGGAAGGCGGAGCAGAACUUGCUGUGCAUCAAUAUUUAGUAAUUUUUCUCAAAUUCGUUCAGGCAGUUAUACCAACAAUAGAAUACGACUACACGAGACAUUUUAAUCUUGACUGGCCAUCUUAG